AUGAAAGAAGAAGCCAGGAUACCUUGGAGGGAGCAGGCAUUUGAGGAGCGAUGCACCUACGUGGUGAAGGACCAGCUGUCCGAGCUACACGCUAAUCUUCCGCUGGCACAAGCCUCUUUGCCCCAGAAGCUGGCCUUCUGGCACAACAACAACAAUCAGAUAAUGGGUGUGAUCAGUAGAGAGUGCAUCCCGCAAGGCACCCACUUUGGACCGUUGGUUGGGAAGACCUACACUGGAGACGAUAUUUCAAAGAACAUGGAUUGGAAGCACUUCUGGAGGGUUUUCUCUGCAGAAGGAAAGCUUCAUCACAUUCUUGAUGUGAAUGACCCCUAUUGCAGUAACUGGAUGUGCUUCGUGAAUCCAGCUCCUAUCCGUCCAGCCCAGAACCUGAUGGCUUACCAGCACAAUCUGGAGAUCUAUUUCUACACCGUAACACCCAUCUUGGCUGGAGCUGAACUUUUGGUUUGGUACACCCAUGGGGUAUCCAGGCACACCCAGUGCUUGCUCUCAAGGGAGUUGUCAACUAAACCAGAAUUUCUAGAUCUGAGAGAUUUCCUGGUAGAGCCUUUUCCUGAGAUGGGCACUAGACUGCCACAGAAUGACUCUAGAAGUGACCAAAAAUACACAGGUAUUUACCCAAAGAAGCACAAAAAUGAUGAUGAGGAAGAGAGCACUGAAGAGCUAGAACAAGACACAACACCAAGGAAGACAGCAGAAAACCAAAACAUUGAUUCAAGGACACAGGCCCCUUGUAGAGUCAAAGAGAAGCCCACGAAGCUUAACUCUUCCCACAGUCCAUCUGACCAGGAAGUUGUAUCCGAGGCAUCUGAUCCUCCAAGCCAAAGACACAUGGGCUCAGAGAAAACACAUGACCUCAGUUAUUACCCAUACAACCCAACUACCUCACUACAGAAGGAACUCCAUCUCAGCAACCUCUGUUCCUCAUGUUCAGGGUACCAACCCAUUGGCAAUCUGCCUGAAGCCUUUCACUAUGCCUACAGCACUGCCACUGCCCACUACCCCAGAUUUGUAGCGCCUCCUCAAACAUUCUCUUUUCCAUCAAGACUGCCACUGACUAGCCCUAGAGAAAUAUCACCACUCCAUUUGUCUUCCCAGGAUGUCUUAGGGAAAGGAGCACCUCUGUAUCCUGGGAUGUAUCAAACUGUCUUCCUUCCCAAUUUGCCACAAGGAAAACAAGACACUAAAAAACCACAGAGCUCACUCUCCUCUCGCUACGCCUGGACCUUUUCAUUGCUGGGCUCUGACAAUGGGCAUCCCACCCUUUCACACAGCUCCAUAGUUCAGCAGUUGAAACCUACCUCCCGGUUUCCCUACCAGCAUGAGACUGUUGACCUCAGUACACCAAAGACCUACCCACCAGAGUCACAGGAAUGCAGCAAAUCUACAUCCUACCCUCUGAAGAAGAAGAAUGGCAAAAUCAAAUAUGAGUGCAACGUCUGUGCCAAGGCCUUUGGGCAGCUUUCCAAUCUCAAGGUCCACCUGAGAGUGCACAGUGGUGAGAGGCCUUUUCAGUGCCGGAUCUGUAAAAAACGCUUCACUCAGCUGGCUCACCUGCAAAAACACCAUCAAGUGCACACAGGCGAGAAGCCACAUGAGUGCCAGGUCUGCCAUAAAUGCUUCAGCAGUAGCAGCAACCUAAAAACCCACCUGCGCCUGCACUCCGGGGUGAAGCCCUAUGCAUGCUGCCUAUGCCACAGCCGUUUCACCCAACAUAUCCACCUAAAGCUACAUCAGCGCCUGCACGAGCGCCAAUGCCUGUACCGCUGCCCCAGCUGCCUCAAGACUUACAUCCAUCUGACUAGCCUGGAGGUACACCUGCGGGGAUACUGCCCACUCGCUAUGUACACUAGCUGCUCCCCUGCCCAGCUUUGCCAUUUCAACAACCUAAUUGGCCGCUUCGACUUCAGCCUGGAUGCUGAUCACCUGGAAGAGGGAGAGCCUGAUGCUGUCAGGGCUGCUCUGCUUGUGGAGACCAUCAUUCUGAGGGAAAUGGCAGCCGCAGGCCAGGCCAAUGCCCUCUGUUCACCAAGCCUCCACCGGCAGUUCGUACUCCUUCCAACAAAUGAUUUUCCUUUUUAUGUGAAGAGACAGUCCUUGCUGACACAACCAGCCUAA